CGCGAACGCAAUCGAAGGAGAUACGUGAGGGACGAAUAGUGUUGUAGCGACUAUUCACUUCAUUCCGGAUUUCCAACACUUUCAGUCGUAAUGUGAGACUCGUCGCAUGGAUUGUGUGCUUACGAUGUGUCAAAACAAUGAUUGAUCAACCGCGUAUCUAGCUGUGUGGCGAUUAUUUUGAUUUGGCCAGUGUUUCAGUGCAUUACUGUUUUCUUGAGUGUGUUUGAACAUAGAGUGCUACCUGCUUGAUCGAAGUAUCUUAAAGUGGUGACAUUGUUCCAUUCAAUACGCGAUUCUUCUAUAAGUGUAAGGCACAUAAAAAUGAAACAAAAUAACAUAAUUGUGUACUAUUAGUGCUGAUGCUGAUUAAAGAGGGUUUGCAGCGCUCUUCAAAUAUCGCAAACCGAAAAAGAAAUUAUAUUGUUGCCUUUUUUUACAAUAAUUAUAGUGUUAAUUUUCUAAAGUGUAAUUAAACAAUAAUGAGUGAUGCAAAAAGGAUAUGAUAAUCAAGUUUGAAAUGUCGCAUUUAACAGUGUAUUAUCGAAAUGAUCGAAGUGUAUGAAUUCAAAGAUUGCAGAUGCUGAUAUAUUCCGGAAAAUCAAUUGCAUACUUUCAACGUCAUACGUUAUUAUUACUUCUAGACUUAAUUGUAACUGUGCAUUAUCUUAGUAGAUAACAUUUCAUUUGCAUUGUAUGAGUGUUUAUGUAUUCCAUGUGUAUGUGUGUGUAAUAAUCAGUAAUAAUAGUUAUCAUCAUAAGCUUUUUGGUGGAAAAUGUCUAUGUUCGAAUGACUGUCAUGCUUCUCGUUUUGUGAUUUUAGUUUAAAACACCUGUUUUAACUGCGUUUGGCAAUUCAAAUCAUUCAACUCCAGCUACAAGUGGUUAAACCGUCAUUAUCACGGCAAACAGCCACCCUAAAUCGCACUGAAACAUUAACCUGAGGUCAACUGUAAAAACGUUUUAGUGACUCCGUAACUGCACAACCAUGGAUGCCAACAACUUUGUGAUGUCUUCCUAUCAGUUCGUAAACUCGAUUGCCUCCUGCUAUCCGAAUAACUCACAGAACACAAAUAGUUCACCAAAUGCGGCUGGCAGUCAAGGUGGCCAAAACGAUGGCUAUUUCCCACCAUCGACAUACGCUCCAAAUAUUUAUCCCGGCACUCCACAUCAGGCCCAUUACAGCCCUCAAUCGUACAAUCCGCUUGCAGGGGCUGGAGCGACCAGUGUAAACAGUGCUAGUACUGGCGCUGUAGGUGGCGGGCAUCAGUCUACCGAUAUGGUGGAUUACACUCAGUUACAACCACAAAAAUUCCUACUUUCACAACAACCGCAAUCCGCCCUUACUUCACAAAGUUGUAAAUACGCAAGUGAAGGCCCUAGCACAGGUACAAAUGUAAUUAAUAACAACAAUAACACUAGCACCACCAGUCCUCAGGAUUUAAGUACAGCCAGUGGAGGAGGCAGUGGAGCCAAUGAUGGAAAUAGUGGUAGGCCUGAGAUUUCGCCAAAACUGUCCCCAGGAUCAGUAGUUGAAAGUGUAAGCCGAUCUCUGAAAUCGGGUAAUCCAUCAACUACCGUGAGUUCUAGUAGCACGAACAAUAACACCAGCAACAUAAGCAAUCGAAACCAGGUGAACCUGCCACUCGCAAGUCCGGAAGAUGAGUCUGAAGCCAGCGAUGAUGAUAGUGGCACGGAAGGAGGCAGCUCUCAAGGUGGUGGAGGAAGUAGCAGUAAGAAAGGAGGACCUCCACCCCAUAUUUAUCCAUGGAUGAAACGAGUGCAUAUUGGACAAAGCACGGUGAAUGCUAAUGGAGAAACGAAACGACAACGCACUUCAUACACGCGUUAUCAAACGCUCGAGCUAGAGAAAGAGUUUCACUUCAACCGAUAUUUAACUCGCAGACGACGGAUCGAGAUAGCACACGCACUGUGUUUAACCGAGCGUCAGAUCAAAAUCUGGUUCCAGAAUCGACGAAUGAAGUGGAAAAAAGAACACAAGAUGGCAUCGAUGAAUAUUGUGCCGUAUCACAUGUCUCCAUAUGGUCAUCCUUAUCAAUUUGAUAUUCAUCCGUCACAGUUUGCGCAUUUGAGCGCAUAGGACGCGUGGCACUUUUCGGGUACUGGUUAGAGACUCAACCAGCUCUACCAGGAGCAGUAUCAGGGAUAUCAGGGCAAUCAAGAUAGCGUACUAUUUGGAGGUGGCGGUUUAAGUGGUGGUGGUGGAAGCAGUACGCCUUCUGAUACUACGAAGUAUAAUCAGGAGUUUUGAUUUGUCUAUGGUCUACAAUAUGUGACUAGUUCUGAUCAAGAAGGGACAUCCAAUUUUAGUUUAGAACAUCUUUUCUCCUGUAAGAUGUUCAUAAGUCCGUGAUAUCUCUGAUGGAAUGCUUUAUAGCAACUGUAACUGUAUUGUGAGCUGUCGUUGGGAUGCUAACACAACAUGAAUGUCACAUUCUUUGUUCAGUAGUAUGCAUGCUACAUACAGCACACCCAUCGAAGUGUGUCAAGAUUGUACGCUCAAUAAUGGAUACGAGAUUUGCAAACUGAUUUUCUUCCACUGUACUUUGAAACUCCUACAUAUCCUUUGUACCACGUGCAGCAUACAACCACUUUCUUUGCUCUUUUAUUGUAGUUACUAAAUUACCAUACAAUGUAAAUAAUUUUCGCUAAACAAUCCACCCUUCCCACAACCAUAACGUACAGUGGAAGAAAAUUAUAGCGGAUUCUCCUAUCGAUUACAAGCUCUUCUCUAAUCAGUAUUCGAAAAGCUAGCCUCGCAAUACACGUGGCUCCCCUAUAUUAGAUUGUAAGAAAUGUUUCAAAAAUGUUCCCGAAACAUUUAUGUAGAAUAAGCUAGUGUUGGAAAUCUGAUGGGUACUUAAGUUGAGAAGAAUAAAAUAUACUCUCAACAUGUUCCAGUCCUACCAAGCUCAACAUCAAUCUUCUAUAUAGGUUAAAAGAAAUCAUAAUUACUUGUGCAAAUUUAUUUCAGCAGCUAACUGGCUCUACUAUUUUGUUUUCUAAAUACUUUCUUUAUGUUUUUGUUUAACUAUCUUGACUAUAGUAGGAAUUUCAUGUCUAAGGUUUGAUAUUCCUGAUUUGAGUACAAUUUCAAGACUCGAAUAUGUAAUGCAAUACGAAUAGAUCACACUUAGGACCAUAUCGAUUUUUUAAACGAUAAGCUUCGAGCAGUAAAACAUUAUUAUUUAUUUCGUGUUCAUUAUAUCCUACGUUCUAUCUAACAAAAACAUGAUUUCGUGAAGUAUAUGUUAUCACAGAUAUGAAGAAUCACGUAUGUUUGGAAAAUGCAUUUUUUUAAGAAAGUGACGAAAAAUUUCAACGGUUAACAAAUUCACUAUAAUAUUUACAACGAAUUAUUUUUGUGUAUUUGACAGGUUAAAUGGAUCAUAAUUUAAGCACAAAAAUCGUAUUUAAUACAUCUACAAAUUCCGUCAAACAUAUUCGAAUCACUAUUCUUACUUCGUUAGUUAAAACUAAUUCAAUUAAAGUUAUGUAAAUUUGACAACACUGUAAUGUAAGAACUAUGGAGGCUUUUGUGGAAAUUUAAUAUUUGAAUGUGAUCAUAGCAGGGAAGCAGCCAGUUAUUCAUUGUCAACGUACAUCAUUAAAUGCUCAUUAUUGACAUGCGUAUAGUAAUGACAGCAAAUUCGGACUCGUACAGGGCUGUUUUAUUUUAUUAGCCUAUUUGGCUAAUAAUCAUAUCCUGCACAUAAUUGGAUUAUAAUCAUUCAUUUUUACUUUGAUUGUUUAAGUUACACUGUAGCUAUGAGACGAAAAAGUAGGAU